GGAUAAACUAUGUAUUGAUUGUGUUAUCAGUAGCUUACAGAAAAACGGACAGAAUAAAAGUGUGAUUGUUAAUUAUUUCUUCCAAUUUCAAUAGUGGUGAUUGUUGCAUAGAUUGUUACUUAAUAAUCUGACUCAUAUCAGCUUGUUCUAAGUACAUAAUGUUAAACUAAAUUAUCAAUACGUGUAACAAGUACAGAAAUUCAAUCAUGCUUUGUGCAGAAAACAUAAAUGGAUCCGGAGAUAAAAUCUCAGAAAUCUUUACCGCCGUUAGUUGAAGGGAAAAUCCACGGUUAUUUGAAACUUGUUAUAGAUGAAGUCGUUUGGUCGCAUAAAAGUUUCGGAGACAUUAAAAUAUUUGCGUCUUGGUGGGGUGAGACUGGGAAUGCUCAAUUUAGGCCAGUGGACGUUGCAAAAAAUAUUAUAAGAUCAACAUAUGAAAUAACAGAAGUUUAUGCUGUUCGUACGAAUAUAAAUUUAUUUCAAGAAUAUGUUGAAAACUGUGAGUGUAUAGAAUUAACAAUUGUUUCUGAAGAAAAUAACAUAGUCAUAGGAACAUCUAAAAUCACAGAUUUAUUAAAAGUCUUUGAAUUAAAGCCCUAUGUUAAAUAUGUACCAAUAAUAAAUGAAUCUGAAAGUAAAAUAGGAGAAAUACAUGUUUUCAUGAAAUUAGAAUAUGCAACAAAAUUUUCAAAUAUGCAUUUAAAACCAAACAAGUACAUCAAAGAGGAUGGUAUUGAUAACACUAUGCUAGUAACUGCCAAUAGUUUUAAAUAUCCAGAAAAGGUAACAAGUAAUAAUGUACAGAAUAAAUUGAAAGCCAAAGAUGAAAUUUAUAAAUCCAUUUUAAAGUCAAGGAGAACAAAAUUUCAAAAAACUUCGGCAAGAGGUAACGAAGAAGUAAUGGAUGAACUUGUUACACAAAUUGUUGCAAGAGCGCAAAGAUUAAGAGGAGAGGUAUUAAGAGAAUCACAUGGUGAAGAUGUUUUUGAUUUCAGCGAUAAUUCGUUGAGCGGUACUUUACAGUCUCAUGUGUCUACUGAUGACAAUAUAAAAUUUUGGAAAUACCAUCCGGGUAAAGAAACAACUUCUCCCAAUGAGCAUAAAGUAUUGUCUGUGGUUGGAUCAAGCUUCCCAACUGCUAGUUCGAUAGAUUUUACAUCUGAUAAUUUUGACAUAUGCGAACAUAGUAAGAAGAAAAUUUCACCAUGCAGUACAUCUUUUGCACAAACAAAUUCUUCAUCAGAAAAAAUACAUAUUAAACCGAAAGAAACUUUACUCUUAGAUCAAGUAAAUAGUAUUAGAAUUUUUGUGGAAUCAUUUACCCAGACACCUGCUGGUUAUAGGCGUGUUAAAUCUUCCUCUUUAUCACAUCAUGACAAUACUUUCGUACAUCCUACUUAUUUUGUACAGUAUGAUAUGAGUUUUGAACAUAUUAAAUUAACCAAGAAAAGAUCAGCAAAUAAUAACAACUCUGUAAGAAUAUUAUCUAAAAAGCAAACAGGGAAAGAAAUUUAUUUUAAAAAUAAAAAUGCGACAGACAUUCGAUCGGAAACACAUAGUGAAGUACCAUCGAUUUCAACACAAGUAAAUCGUAUAACUACUAUCAAUAAUUUACUUGCUACAACUAAUGUACCUCGCUAUGAAACAGAAAGUUCCGAUGCUGGAAAAAUUACUCUAAAAGAUCGAAAAAAUGAUAUCGAUGAAAAAGAUCAACUUCGAGGCUUCAUAUAUAUUGCUGAAGGGAAAGAAUUGUCGGAAUUAAACACUUAUUUGAUAUGCAGAGCAUUUUGGACAAAGGAUAAGAGUAGAAGUCGAAUUUGUAGCAGUACGAAAAAUCCGUUUUACCGAUUUUCUCAAAUAGUACCUGUCAUUUGUGAUGCUGACUUAUUAAAUCUUAUGAAAGAUAAUUAUAUAAUCAUUGAAAUUUAUUAUAGAAACAAUAAUAAUAUAGAUAAUUUAUUAGGAUUGACAAAAUUGCCUAUUCAUUCAUUAUAUGUUGCGUAUAGAGAUCCGCAUGUACUGCCACACUUGUUGUCGUCCAAGUAUCCUGUCGUAAGUGUAGACGAAUGGGUGCCAAUUAUUGAUCCUAUAACAGGUCAAUCUCAUGGUCAAUUACUUGCAUUGGUAGCUCUUGGAACUACAGAACAAAUUGCAUUAUUAGAAACUUCAAGAAGUUUACAAAAUACCUGCAAAGCACUGAACACUUCUGAGAAUUUGCCCAAAUUCAUAGACCAUCCAGAAACAGUUUCGCAAAGCAAUCGUCACGCUGUUUGUGUUAGUGAUCCAGUAGAGAAAAAACUGUGUAGUUUAGAUGUAAAAACUCAAGAAUGUCAAACAGACAUUUCAACUAUUAAAGAACUAAAAUUAAGAAAAAUAUCGCAAGAAGAAACGAAUUCGGAAGAUUUAAUUUUACAUAAUUUAGUGGACCGUUUAACAGAAGUUUUAAAUAUUGACAAAGCAGAUUCGAACAAUGAUAUAAGUUUAAAAGGAAAAAAACAAAUACCUAUAAAUGCAAAAGAACAUAUAUGCAUAAGUGACUUAAACCUUCAUAGUGGUUAUCACGAGAGCGAUAGCAGUAGCGUUAGACAGAAUUACCAUUUACCCACAGAAACGUACAGAAGUGUCGGUGUUGGUGCCGAGUAUGAAGAAGAGAUAGAUCAACAAUCAAACACUGAUUAUACCAGUAAAGUAUUUGAUUUACAAUCUAUAAUACACAGAGAAGAAGAAGAAGACUCAAUGGGUUCUGAGUGUAAUGAAACAAUGUUUCGAGCCGUUGUUGAAAUCGAAUGUGCAUUACAUUUACCAAAACUACAAAAGAUUAAUGAAACCAUUGAUCCCAGUACAUAUGUAUCUUUUCAGGCUAAUAAAUGCGAUCCAUCGAAACAUUUAAAUUCCUGCAUGAUUACUAAUGUUUUCCCACAUAGUUGUAAUCCUAAGUGGAACUGGAAAAGCGAUGUAAAACUGCCCAUAGAAUUACUUUUAUGUGCUGAAAAGAGAUUGAUUUUAAAAGUUUGGCGCAUCUUAGACUCGGAUACAAGCACGGAAAUAAACUUAGAAAGAGAUGUUGUUAUUGGAUUUUCUGCUGUCGAUGUUUCAGUUUUAAUUUCUGGUUUUCCAAUAAUAUCCGGAUGGUUUCACAUAAUGGAUUUUUCUGGAGAAUGCAAAGGACAAAUCAAAGUAUCCAUAGCACCAUUGGAUAAUUUAUCAUUGUUCAAGAAAUCAACAUCUCUGAGUACAACACGAAUUCCAAUGUACGAUACAUCUCAAUUCAAUUGGUUACCAUUGAAUGCCCCUGAUGUUUAUACUAGCAAUGCAAUGAAAAAUGAUACUGUAUCAACUCUUGUGCAAGUAGAAACACCAGAACACACUAAAAAUCAAUUAAUUGACUCCAUAUCGCACGUUGGUCUUGAAGACACAUCUAUGUCAUUUUUAUCUUUAUCGUUAAAGAAAAAACUUACCGAAUUAGAUGAAAUUACACAACGUUUAGAAUUACGGUUGCGCGACGUAACAAACGCAGCUUUUGAGGAUUACAUUGAUAAUGAAUUUGAUUUAAAUGACUCGAAUAGCGAUGUAGAGAAUAAUGAUUAUAAAAGUGCAAAUGCAGUAACAUUGGUUGCAAACGCAACUAGUGAUAAUAACAGAGUGAGACAAGUACUUGAACCGAAUAAAAAAUCAUUACAAAUUAUGGAUAUACCGGUGAGCGAUAAUCAAAUUGCAUCAUGCGAAAGUGAAAUUCGUGAUUACACAUCUGAACCCUUUAUUAAUAUUAACGAAACAAAGAGAUAUAUGAACAUGAAGUCCGGUUCUUCUUACGUGGCAAAUUCUUAUGACAAACAGAAUGUAAUGAAUUGUCAAGUACAACAUGGAAAUGAAGAAUUUGUAAUGCAAAAUAUUAGAACAUUGGGAAAGAAUACCUCAGAUUACCCAGAACGAGGAACAAAAACACAUAUAAAUUAUUUACUCGAUAAACUAUCUUUACAGUUUCCCCUACAGUCACAUUCGUCUUUAAUUGCACCAAUAAUAAAUAAUACCGAUUUAUUAACCAAUUCCAUCCAAAACAGCAACAGUAACUUGAUGCAGAAUAAUAAUAUGAAUACUUGUACUCAGGAAUUCAAUGCUUGUGCAAUACUAAAAGAUGCAGGCGAUACGAAUGAACAAGAUAUUGAAACUUCUGUAGGCGAUACAGUAAAUUGUUCAACUAAUGAAACUACACAUUUGUGCGAAACAUGUGUGUCGUCGCAAUCACAAAUUAUUAACAAGAUGUCGACAGUAAUCCGUGAAGAGUUAACUUCUGAAGAAAACAAUGAUGCAUCAAAGUGCGAUGGAUUAACAACUUACCUGAUUGCUUCGAACAUUCGUCACAUGGACUCCAACAAUGUUUUCGAUCCACUUUUGUAUCAACAUUUAGUUCCAGACUUGUAUUAUUCGAAUACAUCGCCAGAGGAAGAUGCAAUCGAACAAUUAGAUAAUCAUUACACUAAAGAUUUUGUUGCGAUUACCACAAGUAAUCAAUUAGGUAACGUAGAAAAUUUGAGAGGUGUGUCGUCAUCGGCAGACGCUGAAUUAUUUAGAACAGUACAGUCUGGCUUGUCAGAAAACAUUGAUAAUAAUACUAAUUUAACUGUUCUUCAUAAAGUCAGUUGCAACGACUUAUUAAUAAGCAAUAGUACAGAGUCGACUACGACGAUAUCACCUGAACAGACUUCGGUGAAACAUAUUGACCUUGAAACGACCGAACAUAGUUACUCUACUUCCUCUCAAGCAUCGGAUCUUAUAUUAUCGAGACAAGCUCCUGAUGGUGGAAAUCCUAUGGAAGAUAUCACGAAACAGUCAAUUUUACAGCAAACGGACGAUAAUCAAGAUUCAUCACCAAACAGUUGUAACUAAUUGCUCAAUGAAAUGAUUAUUUCAAUGACUACAAUUAAUAAGCAUAUUAUUUGAUUGUUAAGGGAAUCACUUCUUAAAGUAAGUAGAACCGAAUAUUUCAUAUGUGUAAUUGAUGACUGAAUGUCGAAGACUAUUACUCAUUUGUCGCCUAUGAAGCAUUUAUGUGCAUAGCAUUAAAAGUAAUAUACUUGAAUAUUACAGAGUGAAUCGAUAACACCUAUCGUUUGAUCUUACUUUAAAUUAUAGAUGACAUACUGAUUCACCUUAUAUACAAGACAUAUAUGUAUUAUACGGAGACUGAUCAUCAUGUGUACGCAAUUAUAUCGGUACAAAUGAUGCCGUAUAUUAUAUAUUACCAAUAUUGAUUGAACACUUAUUUACUUAAUACAUCUAUACAUGUACAUAUAAAAACAUUCUCACAUGUCACUCGUUUACUAUAAUAGUAAUCGAUUAAAUCAUAAUUUUCUAUACAAAGAGUUUGGUUGUUUUUAAUCAUUAUAAUUAAUAAGAUCAUUAUACAUAUUACAAUGAUAAAUUGGUAUAAUACAAUAUGUUAUUAAUGUACACCAUAAAUUCUCAUGAACCUUUGUCAUCUAUCACUUGUAGCAAUAAGUAAAAAACAACAAAUUUCUCGUUGCGAAAUUAGUUGGUGUAUCUAACUAGUGUUGUAGCAAAUGCGCAAUACAUGACUACUUACGUGCUCACAUUUUUAUUUUUUUAUACAAUAUGUGUACAUAUUAUAUUUAAAGCAUAAGCAUGUAUUGAAAAAAAUUGUAUAAAUGUUAAUCGAAUUUGAAACGAAUCAAAUCAUUAUGAGAAAAUCAUUUUAGUAAAUAAAUAAUUGCAUUUAAAUAUAAGGGAAAGAAAUAUACUAUUUGAUUCUGUAUACCUUGCUGCUGUGUUUUCAUAGAGUAAAUUCGAUAUUAAUAGGAGUUACACGAUAGCGUUAAUCGUAUUUAUUCUUUUAAAUAAGUAGACAGGUAAGCUUCCCUUUGGAUCCAUUGUGUGACCAGUUUAGGAUGCAUCAACCAUGUUUUUGCAGUGGUUGAGCCAUGUUGAUGUAUAACUGAACAGUCUCGUAUUUUCUACAGUUUUAUAUAAAAUGAGUAUGUACACAGAUAUAAUACAUAUGUAUCUAACAAUUAUAAUUCAUUAUAAUAAUUACAGACUUACACGAAAUAAUGUUAAGUUUGAUUUUUUAUGUCUAUUUUGAUUUUCAUACUUAACCAUGCAUAGUCUACAUAGGAAUAUUUUAUUUUUUAGAUGCCAAUAAUCGUCGAGUAUUCGUUUGCCACAUUGUUUGCAGAUAUCUGCAUUUCCAGUACAACAUUUUAGGUCCACACCAAAUUCCAUUUUUACUCUACCACCAAAGCUAUGCACCAAUCUAAUACCUUCUCCUAUAGUAUUGACAUACAUUCCUGGACUAUUAUAUAUAAGAAUUAAUUCAUCUGUAUUGGAUAACUGGAACAGUUACCUUCAUAAUUUUUUUUAUUCUACCCUGGAACUGAAUUUGCUGCGAACGACCCUUCUUUACAUUUAUAUUUAAACGAGUGCUUCAGUUUACUUGAUUGUUUAGGGAGCAUAGAAAUACUGUAAUCGAACGGCGAUGGAUAAUCAUCUCUAUAUAGCACUUGCGUUGCAAAUCUGGCGAUACCACUGUAUCCCUUUUUACUAAUACUACGAUUGCAAGGCUGAAAUGUAAUAUAUAAUUUGAAUCCAUGUAACAUUUACUUUGAAAUACUUACAAUUACCAAUGCUAUGAAUUAUAAUUAUUGAUACCUUG